AGCCCCAUGGCCCUCAUCAGACAAAGAAUCUCUCUCAUCACAUAAGGUCUUAGUGUUAUAUAUAAAUAAGCAUUGCACCAUUAGUGAUAUCAUCACCAACAACCUUUUCACUUACAAAGCUUUUAAAGCAACAAAAACUUCGGUAAGCGUCUUUAGAGACAGUGAGAGCUAUGUCAAAAGAGAUUGAGCUUCCAGGUUUCAGAUUCCACCCGACCGAGGAGGAGCUUACUGAUUACUACCUCAAGAACAUGGUUUGCGGAAAAUUCUCCAAAGUCGAAGUCAUUGGUUUCCUCAACAUCUAUCGCCAUGAUCCAUGGGACUUACCACGUUUAUCGAAAAUCGGUGAGAGGGAAUGGUAUUUCUUUGUUCCAAGGGAAAGGAAGCAUGGGAACGGAGGGAGGCCAAGCAGGACAACUGAGAAAGGAUAUUGGAAAGCAACUGGUUCCGACCGUAAGAUCAUAAGCUUGUCUGAGCCAAAACGUGUGAUUGGGCUCAAGAAGACCCUUGUGUUCUACAGAGGUAGAGCACCAGGUGGAAGCAAGACUGAUUGGGUCAUGAACGAGUACCGUAUGCCUGACAAUUGCACCUUACCAAAGGACGUUGUGCUGUGUAAGAUAUACAGAAAAGCCACUUCCCUUAAAGUGUUGGAGCAAAGAGCAGAGAUGGAAUCUAAGAUGACUCAAACAUGCCCAAACUCUCCUCUCUCGUCUUCCGAGACCAUUUCUUACGUUGGAAAAGAAGAAAACUUGAUGAAGACUUCGUUCCCUUUUCCUCAAGCAUCAGCCAUGCAAGAAGCAAACAACAACUUCAUGCUUCAAGGACAUGAAGAGAAGCAAAGAGAAACAGAGAUGAAGGAGUCUUCUUCAUCGCUGAAGCUACCAUGUGGAGUCUUGCCAUUACCAGAGCUGCAAUUACCUAAACAAGGAUUAGAAUGGGGACAAGACCAGUUCUUGAGUAUAAGCCCAUGGCUCCAGAAUCUUACCCCAAUUGUUAACCUACUAAAUUUUUAGGAUAUGUAAAAAAAAAAAAAAAAAUCUCCCAACAGAACUAACUAUUCUUCAGUGAUAC